UCCAGCGGGCCUGGCCGACGCGAUUGCUUUCCCCGGGUGGAACCCCGAGCGCGCCCAGCCGUCCUGCCUACCACGCUCUGCAGCUCCGCAAUCCGACACCAUGGCGGACAGCCGGGACCCAGCCAGCGACCAGAUGAAGCAGUGGAAGGAACAGCGGUCCAUGCAGAAACCCGAUGUCCUGACCACUGGAGGCGGCAACCCAAUAGGAGAUAAACUUAAUGUCAUGACCGCUGGGUCCCGAGGGCCCCUUCUCGUUCAGGAUGUGGUUUUCACUGAUGAAAUGGCACAUUUUGACAGAGAGCGAAUUCCUGAGAGAGUGGUACACGCAAAAGGAGCAGGUGCCUUUGGAUACUUUGAGGUCACUCAUGAUAUUACCAAAUACUCGAAGGCAAAAGUGUUUGAGCAUGUUGGAAAGAGGACUCCCAUCGCGGUUCGCUUUUCCACAGUCGCCGGAGAGUCAGGCUCCGCGGACACAGUUCGUGACCCUCGUGGGUUUGCAGUGAAAUUCUACACUGAAGAUGGUAACUGGGAUCUUGUGGGAAACAACACCCCUAUUUUCUUCAUCAGGGAUGCCAUAUUGUUUCCAUCCUUCAUCCAUAGCCAGAAAAGAAACCCACAAACUCACCUGAAGGACCCUGACAUGGUCUGGGACUUCUGGAGUCUUCGUCCAGAGUCCCUCCAUCAGGUUUCUUUCUUGUUCAGUGACCGAGGGAUUCCGGAUGGACACCGGCACAUGAAUGGCUAUGGAUCACACACAUUCAAGCUGGUUAAUGCAAAUGGAGAGGCGGUCUAUUGCAAGUUCCAUUACAAGACCGACCAGGGCAUCAGAAACUUGCCCGUUGGAGAAGCGGCAAGACUCACCCAGGAAGAUCCGGAUUACGGCCUCCGAGACCUUUUCAAUGCUAUCGCCAGAGGCAACUAUCCAUCCUGGACUUUCUACAUCCAGGUCAUGACUUUCAGGGAGGCAGAAACUUUCCCAUUUAAUCCAUUUGAUCUUACCAAGGUUUGGCCUCACAAGGACUACCCUCUUAUACCAGUUGGCAAGCUGAUCUUAAACAGAAACCCAGUUAAUUACUUUGCUGAAGUCGAGCAGAUGGCUUUUGACCCCAGCAACAUGCCCCCUGGCAUUGAGCCCAGCCCUGACAAAAUGCUCCAGGGCCGCCUUUUUGCCUAUCCAGACACUCAUCGCCACCGUCUGGGACCCAACUAUCUCCAGAUACCUGUGAACUGUCCCUAUCGUGCUCGAGUGGCCAACUAUCAGCGGGACGGCCCCAUGUGCAUGCACGACAAUCAGGGUGGUGCUCCAAACUACUACCCCAACAGCUUCAGUGCCCCAGAGCAGCAGCGCUCAGCCCUGGAGCACAGUUCUCAGUGCUCCACAGAUGUGCAGCGCUUCAACAGUGCCAAUGAAGACAACGUCACUCAGGUGAGGACAUUCUAUACGAAGGUGUUGAACGAGGAGGAGAGGAAACGCCUGUGUGAGAACAUUGCAGGCCACCUGAAAGAUGCUCAGCUCUUCAUUCAGAAGAAAGCGGUCAAGAAUUUCACUGAUGUCCACCCUGACUAUGGGGCCCGCAUCCAGGCUCUUCUGGACAAAUACAAUGCCGAGAAGCCUAAGAACGCGAUUCACACCUACAUGCAGGCCGGCUCUCACUUGGCUGCAAAGGAGAAAGCUAACCUCUGAGGCCCAGGUGCUCAGCCUUGCCCUCCACCGAGAUCUCUUCUGAAGCAGAGCACAGAGCUCA